AUGGGGACGGGCUUUCAAAAAAUAGAGAACAUGUUUGCACAAAUAAACGUCAAACUACAAGCAAUGGAUGACAAACUCGAAUACUUGGUUACCGAAAAUGAACGAAGAAAGGAAGAAAAUAAGGAAAUGAAAAAACAAAUAUUAAACCAAGAAUUCAGAAUUGCGGCUUUGGAAAGGGAGACUAAAAGAAAAAACAUCAUCAUUAGAGAAGUAGAAGACAAAAAAAAAACAACUAAUGUCUCAACACAAAUAGUACAAAAAUUGGGCGUAACUAUUAAGAAAGAAGUAGAUAUCGAUGAAGCCAAAAGAAUCGGCAAAUAUAGAGCAGAUGGAUAA